AUUAAGCUGGGUCUGUAAGGAUGAGCAAUUUGUAAAAGGAGGUAUGUGAGGGAGCCUCCAUUCCUCUGUGGGGGAAGAGGAAGUACAAAAAAGGCACAGAGGCCUAAAUGUCCAUGGAGAAUUGAGUGAGUAAAUUCAGGUAUGUUAGGAGCCAUACUGUGAAGAGCCUUGUGUAACAUGCCAUGGAGUUUGCACUAUGGACAUUGAGGUUUUGUUUUAUUACUUAAAUUAGGGUCAUUGAUUUGGUUACAAUAUGUCAGGCUCACUAGGCGUUACUUUGAAACUGUAUAUUUGUGUACUUAUGUUCUUUUCCCUCUACUUUCAGGCUGCUAUAUGGCAAGCACUAAACCACUAUGCUUACCGAGAUGCAGUUUUUCUUGCAGAACGACUGUAUGCAGAAGUACACUCAGAGGAAGCCUUGUUUUUAUUGGCAACCUGUUAUUACCGCUCAGGAAAGGCAUAUACAUAUAGACUCUUGAAAGGACACAGUUGUACUACACCGCAGUGUAAAUACCUGCUUGCAAAAUGUUGUGUUGAUCUCAGCAAGCUUGCAGAAGGGGAACAGAUCUUAUCUGGUGGAGUGUUUAAUAAGCAGAAAAGCCAUGAUGAUAUUGUUACUGAGUUUGGUGAUUCAGCUUGCUUUACUCUUUCAUUGUUGGGACAUGUAUAUUGCAAGACAGAUCGGCUUGCCAAAGGAUCAGAAUGUUACCAAAAGAGCCUUAGUUUAAAUCCUUUCCUCUGGUCCCCCUUUGAAUCAUUAUGUGAAAUAGGUGAAAAGCCAGAUCCUGACCAAACAUUUAAAUUAACAUCUUUACAGAACUUUAGCAACUGUCUGCCCAGCUCUUGCACAACACUAAUAUCUAAUCAUAGUUUAUCUCAUAGACAACCCGAGACCGUUCUUACAGAAACACCCCAGGACACAAUUGAAUUAAACAGACUGAAUUUAGAAUCUUCCAAUUCAAAGUACUCCUUGAAUACAGAUUCCUCAGUGUCUUAUAUUGAUUCAGCUGUAAUUUCACCAGAUACUGUCCCUCUUGGAACAGGAACUUCCAUAUUAUCUAAACAGGUUCAAAAUAAACCAAAAACUGGUCGAAGCUUAUUAGGAGGACCAGCUGCUCUUAGCCCAUUAACCCCAAGUUUUGGGAUUUUGCCAUUAGAAACCCCAAGUCCUGGAGAUGGAUCCUAUUUACAAAACUACACUAAUACAUCUUCUGUAAUUGACGUGCCAUCUACUGGAGCCCCUUCAAAAAAGUCUGUUGCCAGAAUCGGCCAAACUGGAACAAAGUCUGUCUUCUCACAGAGCGGAAAUAGUCGAGAGGUAACUCCAAUUCUUGUUGCACAAACACAAAGUUCUGGCCCACAAACAAGUACAACACCUCAGGUAUUGAGCCCCACUAUCACAUCUCCCCCAAACGCAUUGCCUCGAAGAAGUUCGCGACUCUUUACUAGUGACAGCUCUACAACCAAGGAGAAUAGCAAAAAGUUAAAAAUGAAGUUUCCACCUAAAAUCCCAAACAGAAAAACUAAAAGUAAAACUAACAAAGGAGGAAUAACUCAACCUAACUUAAAUGAUAGCCUGGAAAUUACAAAAUUGGACUCUUCCAUCAUUUCGGAAGGGAAAAUCUCCACAAUCACACCUCAGAUCCAGGCAUUUAAUCUGCAGAAAGCAGCAGCAGAAGGUUUGAUGAGCCUUCUUCGUGAAAUGGGGAAAGGUUAUUUAGCUCUGUGCUCGUACAACUGCAGAGAAGCUAUAUAUAUCUUGAGCCACCUACCUUCUCACCACUACAAUACUGGUUGGGUACUGUGCCAAAUUGGAAGGGCCUAUUUUGAACUUUCAGAGUACAUGCAGGCUGAAAGAAUAUUCUCCGAGGUUAGAAGGAUUGAGAAUUACAGAGUCGAAGGCAUGGAGAUCUACUCUACAACACUUUGGCAUCUUCAGAAAGAUGUUGCUCUUUCAGUUCUUUCAAAAGACUUAACAGACAUGGAUAAAAAUUCACCAGAGGCCUGGUGUGCUGCAGGGAACUGUUUCAGUUUGCAACGGGAACAUGAUAUUGCAAUUAAAUUCUUCCAGAGAGCUAUCCAGGUUGAUCCAAAUUAUGCUUAUGCCUAUACUCUACUAGGGCACGAGUUUGUGUUAACUGAAGAAUUAGACAAAGCAUUAGCUUGUUUUCGAAAUGCUAUCAGAGUCAAUCCGAGACAUUACAAUGCAUGGUAUGGCUUAGGAAUGAUUUAUUACAAGCAAGAAAAAUUCAGCCUUGCAGAAAUGCAUUUCCAGAAAGCACUUGAUAUCAACCCUCAAAGUUCAGUUUUACUUUGCCACAUUGGAGUAGUUCAGCAUGCACUGAAAAAAUCUGAGAAGGCUUUGGAUACCCUAAACAAAGCCAUUGUUAUUGAUCCCAAGAACCCUCUAUGCAAAUUUCACAGAGCCUCAGUUUUAUUUGCAAAUGAAAAAUAUAAGUCUGCUUUACAAGAACUUGAAGAAUUGAAACAAAUUGUUCCCAAAGAAUCCCUCGUUUACUUCUUAAUAGGAAAGGUUUACAAGAAGUUAGGUCAAACGCACCUCGCCCUGAUGAAUUUCUCUUGGGCUAUGGAUUUAGAUCCUAAAGGAGCCAAUAACCAGAUUAAAGAGGCAAUUGACAAGCGCUACCUUCCAGAUGAUGAGGAGCCAAUAACCCAAGAAGAACAAAUCAUGGGAACAGAUGAAUCCCAGGAGAGCAGCAUGACAGACGCAGACGACACACAACUUCAUGCAGCUGAAAGUGAUGAGUUUUAACUUCCGGAAACCAGACUUUUGCAACUGGAUGUGUGAUUAGUGCUGACAUGUUUCUUGUCCCUCCAUAUACUGAGUCUUCACUCUUGAGCCGGCAGUGUCAUCAUCCAUCACUUAGACAAUGAGUGUGCCACUUUCAUUGGACCCUGACUGUACACAGAAUGAAAGGCAGUGCAAUAUUUAGCUGCUAACAAGACUGGCUCUUUCACCAGUACGAAUGACAAUUUAGGGGGGUAAGAUGGGGAACUUUCUUUUCUUUUCUUUUUUUUUUUUUUUUUCUUUAAUCUCCCUUUGUUGAAAGCUAUCAUGGAAGGAAGAGUUAACGUUUUAUCUUGAAGGAACCGUUAGGUAUGGAAAAUAGUGAUGAACCAGAAUUUUUUGGUCGUUUUCCAAAAAUUUGUUUUCAUUUGGUUCUGUUCCUGAUUAACAGGGUGACUGACCUUCAUUUCUAGGUUCUUCAAGAAUGGUGUUAGCAAGUGCCAGAUGGAACAAUAAAAGACAUUGCCUAUAACAGAGUAACUUGAUUGCCAAGGAAUGUAAAUUACCUUAAACUUGCAGUGUCUCCCAUAAACAAAUGUAAUGGGCAUAUUGGGACUCAUGUGUAGGAAUCAACUAUCCCUCCAUACAGCGUACACUUAUUCUUGGCAAGAACGCUUUAAUGUCUAACCAAGAAUUUUAAUUUAUUCAUCUUGCUUCAAAGUGUUGAUCAUUGUCUUGGUAUUGCAAACUUUCAAGUUGUUCCCUUACCAUUUUGCCUCUUCUCUUUGAGCUCUGUGGGAUCACCUUAAACAUUCAGAGAUGAUAGAGUGUUUGCCCACUGAAAAGCCAAAACAAGGCCCUUAAUAACCAUUUAUGUUCACCAUAAGAAUCAAAAUGAGAACACUAAAGUGGAGAGACUUAAAAGAGAUCAUGAUAGCAAAGCCUUAAUACAAUCAAAAUUGUACCAUGACCUUGAAUCUAUAUUUGUUCAAGAAAGUAUCCCUUUGACUUUUCUAAGUGUUUAAGCAGGGUGCAAGAAUGUGUAGUUACCUUUGGUUGAGGUCAUUUCCAUUCUUUUCAGCUCUCUGCUUCAAAUUAUUUUCAGUAGUGUGAGUCACCAAAAUGUUUACCAAGAGUGAUUGGGUUUAGGAUAUUAGAAAUUUUUAGCUGGGGGGAAAAAAAAAAAACAACCAUUCUUAUGAAGGAGAUGAGUUCUCUCCUGAGUGUGUCGUAAUAUAGGUUGGUGUCUUUGGG